AUGAAAAACCACGCAAGAAGAAGCUUAAAUACAGCCAUUUUGCUUGUAAAAUCUUGUAAUAACAAAAUCAUAUACAACCAAUUUGCAAAAUGUUACAAGUUUUCUACUUUAAUACCUGAAAUUACAAACCCAAGAGCCCGAAAACAAGAACUUGCUAAGCUGUUACAGUCAUCAUUGGCUACUAAUUAUCCAAGAUACUAUUAUAAAUCAAUUCAUGGAAAGAUUAUAAUAUAUGGGUUUCAAUCAGAUACAUUUCUUGCAAACUUAUUGAUCAAUGUUUAUUCUAAAUGUGAGUAUUUGGCCUGUGCACGUAAGGUGUUUGACGAAAUGCCUGAGAGAAGUAUAAGUGCUUGGGCUACGUUGAUUUCGGGUUAUACUCGACAUGGGUAUAGUGAAGAAGGUUGGUUGGUGUUUGUUAUGUUUAAAAGAGAGAGUGAUGAGAAUGUAAAUGAGUAUGUCUUAGCUAAUGUUGUUCGUGGUGUUACGCAGUUAGAGAGUAUGCAUAAGGGUUCUCAGUUGCAUAAUUUAGUGGUUAAAACGGGUCUUGAUCAUGAUGUUUAUGUUGGUACGUCACUCGUUGAUUUUUACUGUAAAGUUGGGAAAGUUCAAGAUGCAAGAUUGGUUUUUGACGGUUUACCGAUUAAGAAUGCGGUAACGUGGACAGCGAUGAUAGCUGGUUAUGCUAGAGUAGGGAAGAGUGAAGUUUCAUUGCAGGUGGUGAGACAAAUGAGAGAAAGUGAUGUUGUCCCUGACAAAUAUGUUCUGUCUAGUGUUCUAAGUGCGUGUUCCGUUGUUGGGUUUUAUGAAGGUGGAAAGCAAAUUCAUGGUGUUGUGAUAAGAAGAGGAGCGGCGAUGGAUAUAUCGGUGAGCAAUGCACUAGUAGAUUUUUAUGUGAAAUGUGGUAAAGUGAAAUCGGGAAGGAAGGUUUUUGAUAAGAUGGUAGUCAAGAAUGUUAUAUCAUGGACCACGAUAAUUUCUGGCUAUAUGCAGAACUCAUUUGAUAAUGAGGCUAUGGGUCUGUUCAUAGACAUGACUAGAAAUGGUUGGAAACCAGAUGGUUUUGCUUGUACUAGCAUUUUAACGUCAUGUGCUUCACUUGAGGCUCUAGAGCCUGGUAGACAAACACAUGCUUAUACUAUCAUGACGAAUCUUGAUAAAGAUGACUUUGUAAGCAAUGGUUUAAUUGAUAUGUACUCGAAAUGCAAUUGUCUUGAUGAUGCUAGAAGGGUAUUUAACGGCAUCCCAAAUCGCAAUGUUAUUGGUUACAAUGCAAUGAUUGAAGGUUACUCGAGGCAUGGAAAUCUUUAUGAAGCAUUUGAUCUUUUCCAUGAAAUGAGGCUUAGAAACAUUAACCCGAGCCUGUUGACUUUUGUCAGUCUUCUUAACGUUUCAACUUUGUCGCCCAUUUUAGAAAUAGGCAAACAAAUACACGGUUUUAUGAUUAAAUAUGGUGUCGCUUUGGAAAUAUAUGCUGGCAGUGCUCUGAUCGAUGUCUACUCAAAGUGUUCUUCCAUACUUGAUGCACGACUUGUUUUUUAUGAGAUGUCUGAAAAAGAUAUAGUAGUAUGGAAUGCUAUGUUUUUUGGGUAUACCCAAGUAUCAGAAAAUGAAGCAGCUCUCAAACUGUAUCGAGAACUGCAACUUUCAUAUCAAAAACCAAACGAAUUCACAAUUGUGGCACUACUUACAGCUGCUAGCAACCUUGCUAGCUUUCCCCAUGGACACCAAUUCCAUGCACAGCUCUUAAAAACAGGUUUAAACCUUGACCCUUUUGUCACAAACGCGUUGUUAGACAUGUACGCAAAGUGUGGAAGAAAAAAAGAAGGUCAAGAUCUAUUUAACUCCACAGUUUACAGAGACAUUGUUUGCUGGAACUCAAUGAUAUUAACACACGCACAACAUGGAGAUGGUAAAGAAUCUUUGGAAUUGUUUGAAAGAAUGUUGAAUGAGGGAACCCAGCCCAAUUAUGUCACAUUUGUAGCUGUGCUUUCGGCUUGUGACCAUAUGGGACUAGUCAAAGAUGGGUUUAACUACUUUGAAUCAAUGGCUAAUUUUGGUAUUGAACCAGGGUUGGAACAUUACGCAUGUAUGGUUUCAUUAUUAGCCCGAGCUGGGAAGUUGUAUGAAGCUAAAGAUUUCAUUGAGAAAUUACCGAUACCUCCAGCUGCCAUAAUCUGGAGGAGUUUGCUAAGCGCAUGCAGAGUUUCUGGAAAUCUUGAAAUGGCUAAAUAUGCUGCAGAAAUGGCGAUUUUGAAUGAUCCAAAAGAUAGUGGAUCGUAUGUUUUGCUUUCUAAUAUUUUUUCAGCUAAGGGUAUGUGGGGUGAGGCGAAGAAGGUGAGACAGAAGAUGGAGUGUAAUGGUGUUGUGAAGGAAUCUGGAUGUAGUUGGAUUGAAAUGAACAUUGAGGUUCAUGCAUUUAUUGCAAGAGAUCAAUCUCAUCGUGAGGCGGGUUUAAUUUAUACAGUGAUUAAUAAUCUAAUUGAUCAUGCUAGAACAUUAUUUGAUGCACCAGACCCCUGUAUGUUUUGUUGAUAAAGGAUUGAGCAAUUAAUUAAAGAGAUUGAACUAAAGGUUAAAACUAUGGGUAGUAAUUUGUUUCCAUCUUCAGUUACUCGUCUGGAGAUUCUUAAAGUCGCUCAAAUGAACUGACUUUCAUUUUAGUGGUUAUCAACCUUGAGUUAAAAAAUAGAUGGGAAAUUGGAGGUUGAAAGUUUAAACCUUAGCAGUUCUUAAAAGGGAAAAAAAUGACAACUCUUGUGUGACAGCGUCAGACUGCUUUGGAAAGCAUUUUGAUUUGGAAGCCGGUGGAUCUGGAGUGGAUUAGCUGGCCAAAGGCUAGACAUCACGAUUACCAAACAAAGGCUUUCCGUGUCUAUCUUCAGCAUUUAAUAGGAAGAGUCUGUGAUCACUUAAACGUUCUCACCAACGUUGAAUGCUGAAACAUCUAGACUUCAUUUGAGAACUUGUUGUAGCUCGCUCUAUGAAAGAUGGAGAGUUGGAAUUUUGCAAAGAACAUAUUCACACAACACAAAGGAAUGGGUCUGUAUGAUUGAAUCACACCCCAAGUGGUAAAUCUCACUUUAUAUAUAGCAUAAGUGUUAUCAAUUCAAUCUUUGUAUCAUCAAAAACAAAAUUUAAGCUUACAACUACGAUGUGAAAUCCAACUUUAGAGAAUUACCUCUUGAUAAGCUUUCGUUCUGAACUCUUAUGUAAACAUUGUAUUUGGAGUUUUUGAAACCACAUUCUGAUUUUCAAA